CCUGCAUUCCCAAGCAAAUAUAAUUUCAUACUACCACUAACUUCACCAUGUCCGACCUCAUCCACGGCCUGGAAGUGGCCAAGCACAAAUCCCGCGAGUCAUGCUGGGUCAUCGUGCAAGGUAAGGUCUACGAUGUGACAGAAUACCUCGACAAGCACCCAGGCGGCUCAACGAUCCUGCUACAAUAUGGCGGAAAGGACGCCACAAGCAUAUAUGAAGCCAACCACCCCGAAGGCACGAUCGAGAAGCAUCUGCCCAAAGAGAAGCACUUAGGCCCCGUCGACCCAGCCACAGUGUCAACGCCCAAGAAUCCCCAAGUUACACGGGACUUGGACAAGACUCCCGUUAUUCCUCUCUCGCACUGUUUGAACCUGGACGAUAUAGAGAAGGCCGCCGAACGUCUCAUCAAACACAGCGCCUGGGUAUAUUUCCACUCAGCGGCGGACAGUCUAGGCGCACUCGAGAACAACCGCGAUGACUGGAAGAAAAUCACCCUUCGACCACGCAUCAUGCGUAACGUGCACCGCGUGAACAUGCAACGCACGAUGCUCGGCCAAAAGUCUCGACUACCAUUCUUUAUCGCGCCAGCCGCCCGGGCCGGCCUCGUCCACGAAGACGGUGAACUAUGUCUAGCCCGUGGCGCCGCCAGAGCCGGCAUCCACUACUGCCCCAGCACGCACUCGACAAUACCGCACGCCGAUUUGGCCAAGUGCGCCGCCGAGAUCCGCGGAUCCAGCGAGUACGGCGCUCAAUUCUUCCAACUGUACGUCGCGCACGAGAGGUCACUGACGCUCGAACGUAUCGCCACGGCGCGGAACAACGGGUACAAAGCGCUGUUCAUAACGGUCGACAGUCCUGUCGUCGGCAAGCGCGAAGAAGAUGAGAGGUACCGCGCGGAGCUGGCCACAGCCUCGGGAGACGAUUCGGUCCUGACAGAAUGGUACCGCCCAUCGACCAGCGAAGACGGGCCACCACUGCGUGGCCACCACUCAUCUACCCUCAACUGGGAUGAUUUACCGUGGAUUCGAGAAGCGUGGGGGAACGCCGGCCCCAUUGCCCUGAAGGGCAUCCAGACGGCCGAGGAUGCGGCGCUGGCGGUGGAAUACGGCAUCGACGCAAUAUACCUGAGCAACCACGGCGGACGGCAGUGCGACGACGCACCCAGCGCCAUCCGCACGCUGCUGGAGAUUCGCAAGUUCUAUCCCAAUAUCCUCGGCAAGGUAGAGAUAUACCUCGAUGGAUGGGUGCGACGGGGCGCCGACGUCAUCAAGGCUCUGUGUCUUGGUGCCAACGGUGUCUCGCUCGGCAGACCAUUCAUGUAUGGCGUAUCCAUGGGUGAUGAAGGUGUGAUGAAAGUCAUACAAUGUAAGUUCUCGACGCAAUGUCGACCUCGGAGAAGAGCAACGCUAACCGCACCAUCUCAGUGUUGAGCGAAGAAAUCGAAACA